CAGGAAGGUCUCACCAUCCCCCACCAUCAUCAGAAUGGAACCCUUGAGGGUUUUAAUAUCAUUAUCAAAGAAGAGUUUAAAGAGGAGGACGAUGAGUAUGGGGUGAUGGAGUUUCCCGAAGAACACACUGAUCUCAUUAAGGAUGUUAGGAAGGAGCCAACUAAGAGACGUCUUCGUUCUCGGGAUUCCACACAGGAAGGUCACACCAUCCCCCACCAUCAUCAGGGUGAAGAUCUGAUUAAAAUGAAAGUUGAGGAGAUAGAAGAAGAGACGUGUGUGAGGGAUGAUCCCGCUGCUGAGAUCAGCACAGGUUGCAAAAUUGAAGAUGAGGACAUCUCAGGAUGUUUUGGUGGACUUGACAGUGUGGAUAGACAUCGGGGUCCCUCUGACUCUAAGCAAUUUCGUACUGUGAAGGAUGGUGCCAAAUUUCAGGAAGAGAAGACCCUUUCUGAUCCUGACUGCGCGGAAAGCGUUGUCUUUGAACCAAGUGUCCAGGCACAACAUAGAUCCCAAACAGCAGAGAAGCCACAUGCCUGCCCCGACUGCGAGAAAAGUUUUAUCACACGAUCACUACUUGUCAGACAUCAAAGAUCUCACACAGGGGAGAAGCCGUAUUCCUGCUCUGAAUGCGGGAAAUCAUAUUCACAAGCAUCAAAACUGGUCAGACAUCAGAGGUGCCACACGGGGGAGAAGCCGUAUUCCUGCUCCCAGUGCGGCAAAUGUUUCGUAACGAAAUCAGAACUUGUCAUACAUCAAAGAUCCCACACGGGGGAGAAGCCGUUUCCCUGCCCCGAGUGCGGGAAAUGUUUUUCGCUAAAAGCGAAACUUGUCAGGCAUCAGAGAUCUCACACGGGGGAGAAGCCGUUUUCCUGCCCUGAGUGCGGGAACAGUUUUUCAGAUAAGCCCAAACUCAUUAGGCAUCAGAAGUUGCACACGGGCGAGAAACCGUAUUCCUGCCCCGAGUGCGGCAAAUGUUAUCUACAGAAAUCAGUACUUGAUAUACAUCAGAGGUCUCACACGGGGGAGAAGCCGUUUUCCUGCCCUGAGUGCGGGAAAUGUUUUACACAGAAAUCUCAUGUCUCCAGACAUCGGAGGUCCCACAGGACCGUGGAGGUGAUUGUGUCCUGAGUAUUAAAACUGUUUUUUAUACCAGGCCGUCACAUACAUGUGGCUAGCUACUCCUCUAAAUGUCCAAUGCAGGGAGAGAGGGGGGAGGGGCAUGUAAUUGCUGGAUUGGUUCUUUCAGUGUAGUCUGAUCUCUCCUGCCAUUUAGCACAAGCCUCAAAGAAAGGAGUCCUGGUGAGGAACAUGCUAGAUAUUACUUGGGGGGUGAAGAGUGGGGGACCACACUACAUGGUACCAGUGACUAUUCAGCACAGCUGUGAACUUGCACAGGUAGCUGCAUUUGCUGGUAGGCUGCCAUCUGCUGGAAAAUAUGACAUUUUCCGGGGGAAGCAGUUAAAUUUUUUACAGUGGAACCUCGGAUUGCGAGUAAGGCGGUUUACGAGCCUUUCGCAAUAUAAGCUAUUCUUUAAAAAUCAAUCCCAACUGGCUUUGCGAGCGUUGUCUCGAAAGACGAGCAGGAGUAUAGCCCCUGGGAUGUGCAGUACCGCAUUUGGCCAGAGGUGCGGGGGGCGCCGGUGAUGCUCGGAGACACUCGGUUCCUGAGUGUCUCUGAGCGUCUUUAAGUGUUUCCGAGGGUCUCCGGCACCACUGCACCUCUGGCCACAUGCGGUACUGCAUAGACAAGCAGUGGCUGUGGAACGGAUUAUCUGAGUAUCCAUUAUUUCC